UCAACUUUUAUCGCGCGGUAAAGGAAGAUAUAGUGAUUUCUAGUGAAUCUUCUUGUUCAUACGAAAAGUUUUCAGUAAAGCGUUCCGAUAAUCCGGUAUUCGCCGCUUAUAAUAUGGAUGAUAACGAAGAUAAUAACGAUAUGAUUUGGUGUCCAGAUUGUAGUAGUGUGGUGCUCGGAGAGCAUAAUUGCUCUGCUUUUAGUAAUAAUUUUGAAAAUAAAAAUGAUUAUUUAGAAGCAUUGAUUGCAGCAGUAUUCGAAAGAGAGAGCUUAUGGAAUUCAGCAUUACCAUAUAAAUUUAGAGGACCCUCAGAGACAAAAGCAUUAUGGUCUGAAAUAGAUGGUUGUUUGAAUUUAUAUUUACAUAGAUACAGCUCCAGGUACAAGCCAGGCAAAGUGGAAGAAUUUAAGAGAUCGGUUUGUAAAAGAACACAGUCUGCAAUGUACUUACAUUCCAAGUGGCAGUAAAGCU